AUGUAUACGAGUAACGAGUCUCGAUUUUCUAUUGGCGAACAAAGUGAAACAAUUCGUAAACAGUUUUGGAGAAGUGACUUUAAACAAUGUCCAAUGUGUAAAAGUCCAAAUAUCGCUGAUAAAAGAUGGCUUGUUGAAAUUCGUCAUAAUGGAGAUGUUUGUGGAACAAUUGUUUACCAAUGUCUCGGUGAAGAAACUGCAGAUGAUAUAAAAGACUUCGAAUGGAUUGAUUUCACAAAAAGACUCGAAGGUCGCCAUGGUUGUGGAUUUUUUACAUCAUAUUUUUUUGAUGAAAAUGUUCCCGGUGACGAUCGUUAUGAAACACAUGGAUGGAUUAAAGAAGAAUCAUAUUGA